GUCACUUCCUGUUGUAUUUCAGAUGCAGGUGGCGGUGUUGUGCUACUUCCUGUUGUAUCUGCUGGGCAGUGAUGCGGCUCCGGCUGCAGAUGAGGUCACCUUCCUGCCCGGGCUGAGCAAACAGCCGAGCUUCAGACAUUACUCAGGUUACCUGAGUGUGUCUGACGGGAAACACCUGCACUACUGGUUCGUUGAGUCCCAGAAGAACCCGUCCUCUGACCCGCUGGUGUUGUGGUUAAAUGGCGGCCCCGGCUGCAGCUCUCUGGACGGACUGCUGACGGAACAUGGACCCUUCCUGAUCCAGGACGACGGAGUGACGCUGCAGUACAACGAGUACUCCUGGAACAAGAUUGCCAACAUGUUGUACCUGGAGUCUCCUGCAGGGGUCGGCUUCUCGUACUCUGACGAUAAGAACUACCACACCAACGACACCGAGGUGUCGAUGAACAACUUCCUGGCUCUGAAGGAGUUCCUGCGGCUGUUCCCCGAGUUCAGUAACAACCCGCUGUUCCUAACCGGAGAGAGUUACGGAGGGAUCUACAUCCCCACGCUCGCCGAGAGGGUGAUGGAGGACGCCAGCCUCAACCUGCAGGGCGUUGCCGUGGGAAACGGGAUGUCCAGUUACGAGAUGAACGAUAACUCUCUGGUGUUCUUUGCCUACUACCACGGCCUGCUGGGAAGUCGUCUGUGGGCGGAGCUUCAGACAUACUGCUGCAGCGACGGGAAGUGCAACUUCUACAACAACCCUAACAAGAACUGCUCCGCCAGCCUGUCAGAGGUCCAGGACAUCGUCUACAGUUCAGGACUCAACAUGUACAACCUGUACGCCCCCUGUCCAGGUGGAGUCCAGCAGAGAGUCAGUGUUGAGCGAGGCGAGCUGGUGAUCAGAGACCUGGGUAACUCGUUCAUCAACCAUCAGUGGACUCAGCUGUGGAACCAGAAGUUACGAGGUCUGGCGUCUCAACACCUGUCCGUCCGGCUGGACCCGCCCUGCACUAACUCCACCCCCUCCUCCCUCUACCUGAACAACCCGUACGUCAGAGCGGCUCUGCACAUCAGCCCCAAGGCUCUGGACUGGGUCAUCUGCAGUUCUGAGGUGAACCUGAACUAUGGUCGUCUCUACCUGGAAGUCAGGAAACAAUAUCUGAAGCUGCUCUCUGCUCUGAAGUACCGGGUCCUGGUCUACAACGGGGACGUGGACAUGGCCUGUAACUUCAUGGGGGACGAGUGGUUCGUCGAGUCUCUGCACCAGCAGGUGGAGGUUCAGCGGCGUACAUGGGUCUAUGAUGACGACGACGGUCGGCAGGUCGGAGGCUUCGUCAAAGAGUUUGACAACAUCGCCUUCCUCACUGUAAAGGGUUCUGGUCACAUGGUUCCAUCAGAUAAACCGAUCGCUGCCUUCGCCAUGUUCUCCAGAUUCAUCAACAAACAGCCCUACUGACCUCUGAACUCUGUUUGGACUCUUCAGGCUGCCAUACUUUGAUUUUUUUUUUUUCCCCCUCUCUCACUGCCAGCCAAUCAGCACAGCACUGCUUUGUGUUGCCUGGCAACCAGAUUAUUGUUGCAGGAAAUGAAACAUCUCAACCUCACCCAAUCACAUUGCCAUGGAAACGAGCACUGCCAUCAGUCUGUUUUGAAUGUGAAACUUUAUUUUAGUGUUUUUGUUGAUUUAAAGGGACAAAUAAAGGUUUUUUUGGAUGAA